GGCUCAUUGCGUCGUCAUUGAGAGUCUGUUGUUCACGCUGCUCGCCUGAGAGCAGGAGCGCCUGUGACAGUGGAGUGCAUUGAUUCAUGCUGUUGUGGAGUCUCGUUUCUGGUUUUGGGAAACAAUUAAUGCGACCAGAAAAGAGCGCAUGAAGGUGGAGAAGAUGAACGUGGAGGCUCUAAGCCGAGCAGAGCUGCUGACUCUCCUCAGUAUCCUGGAGGGAGAACUGGAGGCACAGGAUGUAGUUAUACAUACCCUCAGAGCCCAACAUCGAGAUGAGUUUGUCCAAGAUCGUUAUGUGCAGUAUGACCUCAGCGAUCCAUUCCUGGCCCUGCAGCGGGACAACGAAGUCGCGGAGCGGCAGAACGCACUCAGGCAACCCCAAACACAUUCGCAUGGCCGGGCAGUGGGCCCAAACCCUCUGGCUGUGCUGAAACUGGUCAUGACUCACUGCAAGAGGAUGCAGGACAGGAUGAUGGGACAAUUGGCUGCUGCUGAGAGCAGACACAGGAGGAUGAUCGCUGAUCUGGAGCAGAAGAAAGAGCAGUACGCCCAGGAGUCUGCUCGGGGUGCUGACUAUAUCUUCGUAUUAAAGACAGAAAGAGAUAAGCUGCUCCAACAGUUGGAGGUGGAGCAUGCAACAGUGCAAAGGUUGGAGAAGGAACAGGCACAAGUGGUGAGCACGGUGAAGCAGUCGCUGUCCCAAGAGCAGCAGCUCUCCUCCAGUCUGACGCUGGAGCUCCAGAAGGCCAGCAGCCAAGCUCAGGAAGAGGCUCAAAAGGUCUCGCAACUCCACAUACUGCUGCAAGAAGAGACCUGCGCCCUCAAGAAGCUCCAGCAAGUUCUUGAGUACGAGAAGAUCAGGGUGGCCCAGCUGGAGGCUAGGUCGGAGAAGCAGAUAGCUGAGUUUGAUGCUGAAAAAGAACAGAUGAAAACCAGACUAAAGACAGAGGAAGAAAGGGUCAGAGAGCUUGAAAAACAAGUGAAAGAACUUAGAAAAAUGUUGGCUGAACCUCAGGAAAGUAAAACAGAGGUAAAAGAGGCUGUGACUGAGGUGAAGGAGUCAGAGGGCAAAAUGGUGUCCAGUUCUGUUCAGACUGAACCAGAUGGAAAGAUCACGCCAAAAUCCUGUACAGUGCCAAAGGUCAAUGGCCUUCAGUCUCAUAAAGAGACAGAACCAUUAACACAUGAAGUGAAAGGAGUAGAAAAUGGAGUGGAUAAUGGAGGUGGAACACUUCUGCAUUCCCCUAUUCACCCCUUUCCGCAUCCUCACUCUCCCUCCAGCACUGCCUCCUCUUCCCUCUCCUCCUCCCCCGUUUCCUCUCCGGUUCUAGUAAAGCGUCUGGGCAGCCCAGGCUUCCUUCAGUCCUACCAAGCUGGAGUCAACCAGCGAUUUCAGGCUGCAAGGCACAAGUUCCAGAGUCAGGCUGAACUCGAUCAGCAGCAGCACGGUGGGCCUCUUUCCCCCAGAGACCUCUCCCCAACCACUUCCUCCACCCCUCCUCCAACAGAGCACAGCACGGCUAAGCAGCUGGCCCGCAACACUGUCACACAGGUGCUGUCGCGCUUUACCAGCCAGCAGGCCGGAGUGAAGGCAGCGCCUAUUAACAACUCUCCAUUUGGCACAGACUACCGCAAUCUGGCGGCAUCUCCUACAGGGGGGAGGUCGCCUUCUUCAGGGCCAUUAUCUCCAGGUUUUCGCUCUCCCCUAUCCUAUCCUCCAAUUCCACCUAAAAGGCCUGGCAUGAGUCCAACUCCAGGUUCCCCGAAUCACUCUGCUCGGACCAGUCUUUUCCCAGAACUGACGGGGAACUGUGGGGAUAGCAGCAGUGGACAAGAGGGAGCCAAGGAAUCAGACAUGGUCUUAUCCUAGUGCCAGGAUGUCCAGAUUGUACAAAUAAAUUGUUGAGCAAAUCAGCUACUUCAGUUUCUGAUGUUAACUAACUUUAACACACUGAAUGUUAGCUUUCAUGCCACUUUAAAGUUAAAAUGCCUUGUAAAAGCAUUAAUACCCUUUAUACAUUUUUCAUAUUUUCUCUCAUUACAACUACAACCUUCAAUUUAUUUAAGGUUGUAGCUGUAUUGUAGGGUAGGCUAGUAUGAAGUAGCAAUAGUGUAUUAAUCCCACUGAGUCAAUAGUUUUCAGAAUCACCUUUAGCUGCAAUUACAGCUGGAAGUCUAUUUAUAGCCCAAGUUCAGGAAGAUUGAAUAGAUAUCACCUUGAAAUAGCUCAUUCUGCCUCAGAUUCUCAAAUAGACUUAGGUUUGGAUUUUGACUGGGCCAUUCUAACCUAUGAAUUAGCUUUGAUCUAAAGCAUUCAAUUGUAGCCAUUCAAAGCUAUUCAAUCGAUCCUCUCCCCCUGUCUAGAGUGUUUUGCAGCCUCUAACAGGCUUUGUUCUAGGAUUGCCAUGUGUUUAACUCUAUCCAUCUUCCCAUUAAUCCUACCAGCUUCCCUGUUCUUGCCAAAGAAAACAUUUCCACAGUAUGUUGCUGCCACCUCCAUGUGUUAAGCUGGGGAUGGAGUUUUUAGGGCGAUAUGCAGUGUUAGUUUUCCACCCCUCAUAGGAUUUUACAUGUAGGCCAAUUUUGGUCUCAUGUGAUAAAGAGUACUCUCAUCAUGCUUGCCCUGUCUUUUGUAAGGAUUGCGGCACAUUUUAAACGGGACAUUUCAUGGUUUCCUUUCAACAACUGCUUUUUCUUACCAUUCGUCCAUAAAGCCCAGAUUUGCACGACUAAUAGUUGUCUUGCCUCUCACCUGAGCUAGGGAUUUCUGCAGUUCCUCCAAGGUUACCAAGGCUGUCUGAACUGCCUCUGCCAUUGAUUUCAGUUUCUGUGGAAGCCCUUACAGUUUUAAUUUUGUUUGAGGAAUAAUGGAGCAGUGAGACGUUAAAAGCCUAGAAUGUUGUUUUAUAACCUAACCCUGUGCUAAACUUCUCCACAACUGUAUCGCUGACCUGUCUGCUGUGUUCCUUGGUCCUCAUGAUGCUGUUUGUUCUCUACUGUUCUUUAACAAACCUCUGAGGCCUUUACAGAACAGCUGGAUUUUUACUGAAAGGCCUAGUUCACACGAAGACAAAAAGAGUAUGCUGUAGAAAACGAUUUAGAAAAAAUGUGUAAUCACACGAGUGCAUUCAGCGCCACUGAAAACGCUGUAGUAUGUAUGCCGGGCCCAUUGGUGCUGCUGUGAAACUGAUACAGAAACACACCAAAAACAGUGGACAAAAACACCCGGCAUGCCCACAAAACUCAUGCAAGAUAAACACAGCAACAAGCGGGUUGGAGUAACAACGUCUUUGUUUCAGAAAAGAUGCGUUUUGCAUGUACACAUGGAAACACAGAGCCGCCGUUUUUAAAUAUGUCAUCUUUAGGUUUCAAGAAUGAUUGGUUUUGGUCUCCCAAAACGCCUGAUGCAUGUGGACACAACGCCUAAAGGACAAAAUACCUUUGCAGAUACAUCUAAAGCUUGUCUCCGUGUGGAUGGGGUCUAAUUUACCGCCAGGGGGGACUCUGAAGACAAAUGGUUACACUGGAUUUUAUUUAGAGAUAUCAGAUUAAAGAGAGGUGAAUACAUUUUAAAGCCACACAUUUUUAGAUUUGCUUUUGUAAAAACAAUUUUGAACCAUGUGUAUUUUUUUUCUACUUCACAAUAAUGCACUACUUUGUGUUGGUCAACCACAUUAAAUCUCAAUAAAAUACAUUAAGGGUUGUGGUUGUAAUAUGGAAAGCAAAAAAAGUUCAAAGUAUGACUUUAUUUUCAAGGUGGUCUAUACUGGAUGCAGUGUUUGUUGCAUUCCUACCUCAAAAGAACAACCUGGGAAACAAUUGGCUAAACUUAUUUAAAAUAUAUAACAAAUUCUUUUUUUGGAUUUGUGUUUUUUUUUUUUAUUUUAACGUUCCUAUCAUCAAGUUACUGUAAAUGUUGAAUUUCAGAAUUUUAAGCAUUUAUGAGUUGUAGCAUGAACCAAGCAUAAUUUUUGACAAAUCAGAUGGAUUGUAAUUCAGUGGAGCUAGGGUUUUGUUUGUUUUACUUAAGGAUUUACUUGUCAAACCUGUUCAAAUAAAAAAGUUUUUUUCAGAAGCAAACCUGAAAUAAAAAGAUGGUUCAAAUGUAUGGCUAAUGGAGCAUAUCAAACAUGUAGCUAUUACAACUUUGCAAAGAAAAAAAAUGUUUGUAAAUGCUUUUCUUGUGAGUCCCUAUGCAAUUUUUAUGGAGAUGGACUACAAUUUUUUUAUUGUAAAUAUGUCAACAAUUUUUUCCUACAAAUGAAAAUCAGAUGUAUGUAUUGUUAUUUCUGUUUUUACUUGUCAUGAAAACACUGAGACGUGUGUUAAAAGGGAGAGCACAUUUUGCACUGCAUCACUAGGUGUCUAUACAUCAACACAUUUUUAUAUUAACACUGUAUGUCCAGGGAUUGUUGAAUUUUACUCUACAGAGAUCCAAAUGUUUCUGGCACAACUUCACCAACUCCCAAAGUGCACUGAGAGGGUUAAAGAAAGAUCUGGUAAAGUGAAGACUUCCGCUUCACAAGUAUUUUACUCUUCACAAACUAAAGAUGUUGCUUCGCUUCACAGUAAAUAUUUUAGAUGAUCACAUUGAAACACUAUUGUGACAGUUUAUAUUGUAAACAUAUGUUUGUCUAUCUUAUGUAGCACUGUGUCUUGUAGCAGUACUACACAUAAGAUUAUUUUAUUUUUAUUGGUCUACCAGUUUAUGUCUUAACAUGUUUUUAUUUUAAGACCAGUAAUAAACUAAAUCACAUUAGUUUUGCCAAUGUAUAUAAAACUGUACCUGUACAACCUGCUGGGGGCCCUGUUUGUUUUUUAUCACAAAAAAAUGCUCAUAUCAUUGACACCCUCAGUGUUCAGCGCUUUAAAUAAAUUGUCCAUGCCUUCA